UGUAUCUGAAUAAAUAGUCUUAUGCUUAUAGGCAAAUAGGGCAGCAAAUAUUGUGAGCAAUAACUAUUUUGAUGUUUGUUUUAUUUCUUAUUUCAUUUAAUUGUGUACCUUGGAAUUUAUUAAGUUUAAUAAUGAUAAAUAAUAUCUUGAUAAGUGUUAAUAAGUUAAUCUAACUUAAUAGAUUAAGUUUAAUCAAUAUGGGUUGUUGCUGUGUAAAGAUAAAAAAUGAAGAAAGACAAGAAUUGGAGGUAUCAACACAAAAUAAUGGGAUCUUACCCACGGACGAAACAAAUUUGUUGCCUCAAGUGAGACAUGGAGAUAGCAAUAAGCUUUGUAUGGUUAUUGAUUUAGACGAAACGUUGGUUCAUAGUUCUUUUAGGCCCAUAGAUAAGGCCGAUUUUAUAGUUCCUGUUGAAAUUGAUGGCACGUUACAUCAAGUUUAUGUUGCCAAGAGGCCUUAUGUUGAUGAAUUUCUACAGAAGAUGGGCCAACUUUACGAAUGUGUCUUAUUUACCGCCAGCCUAGCCAAAUAUGCCGAUCCAGUUGCCGAUCUCUUGGAUAAAUGGAAUGUUUUUAGAGCACGACUAUUUCGUGAAUCAUGUGUUUUAUAUCGUGGAAACUAUGUUAAAGAUCUAAGAAAACUUGGUCGAGAUUUACAUAGAAUUGUUAUUGUUGACAAUUCUCCGGCUUCUUAUAUUUUUCAUCCUGAUAAUGCAGUGCCUGUUGCUUCCUGGUUUGAUGAUGACUCUGAUACAGAGCUCCGGGAUUUAAUACCAUUUUUUACUGAUUUAAGUACAUGCGAUAAUGUAUAUAAAAAGCUUCGAAAUGCCACCAGUGAACCUCAGCUGCAGCAACCACCGACGCAGACAAAAGUAGUGAAUGAAUUUUUUUUCAUUUCCCAGGAUUAGCAACAUGCAUCAAGCUUAUUAACAAAUGUACUAAGAUUUUUUAUUUUUUAUCAUUAAUAGCUGAAAUUUUCAGGAUAACUGUAUUGGAAAUCAAAAUAAGGUCCUUUAAAUAAUAAAAGCACAAAAAUAUCAUUCAA